AUGGGGCUCCGAGUCACGUGCUUCCACUGGUCGAGGGACCUGUCGAGCUCGGCCCAACACGGCCCCGGGGGUGCCUCCUUCACCCCUGGGGCACUGGCCUCGCCACCCAGUGCCGGUGGCCUCGCCCACCACCGGACGUGUUUGCGCGGCUCACCCCUUGGGUAUCCCUCGGCCAGACGGAUCCAUCGCCGCCUGCUGAGCACGGCAGACUUCCUGGAGGACCCGCAGCCGGCCAUCUUUGCCAACAUCAACCUCAAGUACGGCUACCUGCGCCUGCGCGCCAAUGCCACCGCCCUCAUCACCGAGGGUGAGAAGGCGCAAGGAGUGCGAUCACCAGCAGUCGGCGGCGAGGGCCACCGUGUCGGAGCCCUGCUUGCCGAUUGGCGGCUCGCGACCGUCAACGUCCGGCAGACAGCAGGUGUGCUCAGCGACUGGCUUCGCGGACGCGACCCGAUGAUCACCAGGGAGCAGUUUGCGGCGCGAUGGUGCCACCGCGCGGUCCUCUGCGCGCUGGAGGAGCUGCCGGGCGCGCAACCAGUCAUCCACUGGAGUGCCCAGCAUCCCGUGCCGCUUCCAGCGUGA